CCAAUCACUAGUUCCUCUCUAAGAUUAUGCCAAGGAUACCAAAUAAGGCAGACUUAGGAAUCCCAAAGCCACCCUCCAGCUUAGCUUGUAAUAUUAAUGGAGUGGCUGGACCAGACCAUCAAGGUUAGGCUGUAUUUCAUAUAAAGAGCAUGUUUAGUUGAACCUACUUAAAGUUCUACUAAACACCCUCUUUAAGGCCCAAACUACAAACGGGCGGCCUCCAGAGUCACAACAAUGGCCUCAGCCGAGAGACCCCGAAUCCUUCUUCUCUCUCUCGCAUAUCGCGACUUUCUCGAUGAAGUCUACUGCACGCUCUUCAGCAGGCUCUCAGAAUUGGCCAACAUCAAGCGCGCGAAGACCGCGAACGCCGCGCUUCAAAUAAUCGGCGAGACCACCUUCAAAGCAAUCAUCAUAACAGACGAAGGCCUUGCCGAAUCCGAUCAAGAGAACCAGGAAGUGCUGGCUAAAAUAAAAGCUUACGUUGAAAAAGGCGGGAUUGCUAUAGUCGGCCUGCACUUCCCCAACUUCACGCCCAUGGAUAAGUUCAGGAGGUUCUUCGAGGCCUUUGGCCUUGCCUGGAAAAAUGGCGACUAUCAUCGCACAACCUUCCGGCUUAAUCCAUCGGUCCUCUUGCCCGAAAGCAUUGAGACAGCUUCGUUGCCUGGGCCGUAUAGCAUGAAGGUUCUUCAUGUCAAGAACGCUAAGCGUCAGGAAAAGAUCUUUAUUCCGAUUGAAGGCGCGGUAACUCAGAGUCUUGUUUUCCCUCCAGAUUAUGUGAAUCAAACUCAAGCUGCCGUUGCAGGGGCAAGGCUCGGGUGGGGUUAUCUUGUAUACUGUGGAGAUGUUAAUGGGGAGGAUGGAUCAAAUCAGCUUAUUUUGGCGCUUUGCGGGUUUUAGGGACAAUACAGUCUCAUGAAUAUUAUGAUAGCUAGCGAGGGCUUGGCAGGAAAUGACAAAGCGCUGAGUCCACUCAUUAGGUGAUUUCCACUGAUUUAAUAUGAAUGAAGGUCUUGCAUAUUCUUACUAUGGAAUUUGAUCCAUACCAUCCUCACCAUGCCCGGUUCUACUGGAAGACAUUGUCAGGUGGGGAGUU